AUGUUUACUUUCAUAGAGGAGCGAACGGAAUUAACCGAUGAUGAAUCAGCAAAUGGUGACAAUGUGCAGAGUGACACAGAGUUGGAAAAGGAACCGACGAAAGACCCAGAGAAUGUCGAAAAUGACGAGUCAUCACCUGAAGAUCAAGCAGACGGUAGUAAUGUGAAUCCAUCAAACAACGAUGAUGACCAAGCGGGAAACCCAGGGAGUGUCGAUGAUGGCGAGUCAUCACCUGAAGAUCAAGCAGACGGUAGUAAUGUGAAUCCAUCAACCAACGAUGAUGACCCGGCGGGAAACCCAGGGAGUGUCGAUGAUGGCGAGUCAUCACCUGAAGAUCAAGCAGACGGUAGUAAUGUGAAUCCAUCAAACAACGAUGAUGACCCGGCAGGAAACCCAGGGAGUGUCGACGAUGGCGAGUCAUCACCUGAAGAUUAUGCAGACGGUAGUAAUGCGAAUCCAUCAAACAACGAUGAUGACCCGGCGGGAAACCCAGGGAGUGUCGACGAUGGCGAGUCAUCACCUGAAGAUCAAGCAGACGGUAGUAAUGUGAAUCCAUCAAACAACGAUGAUGACCCGGCGGGAAACCCAGGGAGUGUCGACGAUGGCGAGUCAUCACCUGAAGAUCAAGCAGACGGUAGUAAUGUGAAUCCAUCAAACAACGAUGAUGACCAAGCGGGAAACCCAGGGAGUGUCGACGAUGGCGAGUCAUCACCUGAAGAUCAAGCAGACGGUAGUAAUGUGAAUCCAUCAAACAACGAUGAUGACCAAGCGGGAAACCCAGGGAGUGUCGACGAUGGCGAGUCAUCACCUGAAGAUCAAGCAGACGGUAGUAAUGUGAAUCCAUCAAACAACGAUGAUGACCCGGCGGGAAACCCAGAAAAUGUCGACGAUGGCGAGUCAUCACCUGAAGAUCAAGCAGACGGUAGUAAUGUGAAUCCAUCAAAUAACGAUGAUGACCCGGCGGGAAACCCAGGGAGUGUCGACGAUGGCGAGUCAUCACCUGAAGAUCAAGCAGACGGUAGUAAUGUGAAUCCAUCAAACAACGAUGAUGACCCGGCGGGAAACCCAGGGAGUGUCGACGAUGGCGAGUCAUCACCUGAAGAUCAAGCAGACGGUAGUAAUGUGAAUCCAUCAAACAACGAUGAUGACCCGGCGGGAAACCCAGGGAGUGUCGACGAUGGCGAGUCAUCACCUGAAGAUCAAGCAGACGGUAGUAAUGUGAAUCCAUCAAACAACGAUGAUGACCCGGCAGAAAACCCAGGGAGUGUCGACGAUGGCGAGUCAUCACCUGAAGAUCAAGCAGACGGUAGUAAUGUGAAUCCAUCAAACAACGAUGAUGACCCAGUGGGAAACCCAGGGAGUGUCGUCGAUGGCGAGUCAUCACCUGAAGAUCACGCAGACGGUAGUAAUGUGAAUCCAUCAAACAACGAUGAUGACCCGGCGGGAAACCCAGGGAGUGUCGACGAUGGCGAGUCAUCACCUGAAGAUCAAGCAGACGGUAGUAAUGUGAAUCCAUCAAACAACGAUGAUGACCAAGCGGGAAACCCAGGGAGUGUCGACGAUGGCGAGUCAUCACCUGAAGAUCAAGCAGACGGUAGUAAUGUGAAUCCAUCAAACAACGAUGAUGACCCGGCGGGAAACCCAGAGAGUGUCGACGAUGGCGAGUCAUCACCUGAAGAUCAAGCAGACGGUAGUAAUGUGAAUCCAUCAAACAACGAUGAUGACCCGGCGGGAAACCCAGGGAGUGUCGACGAUGGCGAGUCAUCACCUGAAGAUCAAGCAGACGGUAGUAAUGUGAAUCCAUCAAACAACGAUGACCCGGCGGGAAACCCAGGGAGUGUCGACGAUGGCGAGUCAUCACCUGAAGAUCAAGCAGACGGUAGUAAUGUGAAUCCAUCAAACAACGAUGAUGACCCGGCAGGAAACCCAGGGAGUGUCGACGAUGGCGAGUCAUCACCUGAAGAUCAAGCAGACGGUAGUAAUGUGAAUCCAUCAAACAACGAUGAUGACCAAGCGGGAAACCCAGGGAGUGUCGACGAUGGCGAGUCAUCACCUGAAGAUCAAGCAGACGGUAGUAAUGUGAAUCCAUCAAACAACGAUGAUGACCCGGCAGGAAACCCAGGGAGUGUCGACGAUGGCGAGUCAUCACCUGAAGAUCAAGCAGACGGUAGUAAUGCGAAUCCAUCAAACAAUGAUCUGGCUGUCGAAGAUUACCCCUCAGUGGAGCUUCAGGCGACAGGCCCCAAAAUACCCAUUUACCAGGCUGAUGACUCCUCAGACUUCUCCCUUAACUUCAUCGUUCCUCAUGAAAGCCAGAGUAUACAAGGUCUCGCCUUCUUCCUCCUGCCCAGUACAUCCAGCUCAGAAGGCGAGGGUUAUGUCAUUCGUUUCGCCGCUGGGUCUCUGUAUUUUAAUUCUCCCGGUGAUAAUACCGAAAUUGAAUACACUUAUAACAUCGGCAAUGUUCCAGCUGGUGCUUCCCUGCGGCUUGUUGUCGAAGGCAAUAACCUAUACAUUCGCAUCUUACAAGGAGAGACUUACAUCAACCUUGUGACAGCACUAACUAUCCAACGAGCUUCCAUUCAGGCUAUUUGUGUCGGAGCAACUCGUGUUUUCUACCUACGCUAUUACUGCGGCCUCCUUCAAUGGAUAUCACAGCCUUCAGCGCCUCAGUUAGACGACGAUACUCCAAAGGACUACACAAGACUUGCCUUUGUCACGGAUGGCAGUGGCGAUGGCGUGUUCAAUGAUAACUUGAAAUUUAACGUUCUACAAACCAGUCGGUAUGACUUCCUUGUCCAGGCUCAGAGAGGUGCGGUUCUGUACCUCUCCUCUAGCCAAGACGCAUCUUCAGCCGUCUACAGUUUAGUGAUUGGCGAUGGAAAUGACGGCAAUACAAUCUCCCUCUACCGUGCCUCUGAUGCUACCACUCCGAUCGCUCAAGCCGACUCACCCGAUGUACUGAACGAGUUUAAAUACGUCCGGUUCUCACUUACCAUCUCCAGAAAUCCUGAUACCAAGGUUUUAACCUUCUUGCUCGACCUGAGAAACUUCCACUCAAGUAGCGCACGCAGACUCCUAACCUUUACGGACUCCGUUUCCUACGAGCAGUCCUCACUUUAUCUCGGUUUCAACAGUGUGGGUGAAUAUCGAAUCUAUUGGAUUUGUUAUCUCUACUUCAUCAGAUCUGGGUCAUCCCUUGCUCAAGGCUACACUCAAACAACUGGGCAAGGGGACAGGUCGAUUCAAGUAGGACCAUUUCCUGCCGGAGACAGAAAGUUGCUCAUGGCUACCAAUCUACAAAGUGACCUUGUCGUAGAGUUCUUGGACAGUGACGAAGCUGUUGUUGUCACCAUCUCGUUUGGCAUUGACAGCAACACAAAAUCGGUCAUCAUUCAAAAUGACGUCGAGCUAGCUUCUGAUCCACGCGGUCUGGAGCUAACCACUGACAAUGAAGAGUACGCAUUCGCAUACAUCUGGAUCUCCUUCUCCAAUGGUCUCUUCCAAGCCGGAUAUCAAUUCGAAUCCAGUUUCAUCAGCAGUGAUAGUUGCACCGGACUAUCCGACAUCCGUUUCGCAAAAUUUAGAGCAGGAGACGGCGCUCCAGCAAAUGUGAAAUACACUAACUAUUACUGGAGAUACUUCGUAGAGACGGCAGACGGUGAACUGGUCGGUAGGUUUAACGAUAUUUCCUACACAUGCCACGACAUGGAAGAAGAUGCGUGGGGCUUCAGUGCUACAUUAAGAGUUGAGCUCCCGGAGUGCUGGGGAGGCUAUGUGCUGUUCGGGUCAAGCAGCAACCCCAUCGGAGAAAUGGAACUUCGUCCCACAACUAUUACUGUCAGAGACGGACCGAACGGUAAUGAACUGGAGAAGAUCGGGUCUCCAGCAGGUUUUACACCGGGUGCACGCACGUCUUUUGCCAUUGUAUCGAGGGGAGAUACAUCAUCUCUUUUCUCAUCUGAUGGUUCCCCUCUCCAUACCUUUGAAGGAAAUACCCAGUCAUAUUGCUUAGCCGUGUCACCAUGUCGUGAUCUAUCUGUCUCUGGCACCACUCGGACAUACUCUUUCAGACCAGAAUAUGUUUUUCAGCUGUCACACUUCACGGAUACGCCCGCUUCACCGCAGGGAGACAUCAAAGUUACUCUCACGCAACUAGCUACACCGGUUGUUCUUCAAUUCGCUACAGCCGAAAAGAAAACCUACUCUAUCAGCUUAGACGUCGAGACGGGAAGCGAGAGCAGUACUAUCUCACUUUCUCGCUUCAACAUACUUGUCAAGUCGCAGAACGUGAAUGGACUACACCUUGACGGUCAGUUAGUCGAUAUCCGUAUUGUUGAUCAGAAAGUCCAGAUUAUCCUGGAAGGAUCCGCCGUCUUCGAAUAUGAAGAUACCGCCCAGCCACCAAAUGCUGGUGCUAAAUGUCUGAUACAGAAUGCGCAAGUUCAAUACAGUUUCACGAGCACCGGCAGUGGAAGCAGCGGUAUUAGCGAUACCAGCAGUCAUCCCGAGGGUAGCGGUAGUAGCGCUGGAUUCGACCCCUCGAAAUUUCCCCUCGAGAAUUUCUUCAAUGUCCCUGAACACUUGAAGGGCAAGUAUAUUGGACUGACUCUGUCUGGGGCCACAUUUCCUGCUUACAUCGAGUUCGCCAAUGACAACGGUGUCAGAAGAUACCUCUUUACUUUCCUGGAAGGUGGCAUAAUCACCUUACAAGUGUCAUACGAAGAAGUCCAAAAGUCCACAGUGCCUGAUCUGACAUUGAACAACCAGAAUAUCUUCUUUAAGAUAGCUGAUGGUCAGGUCAAAGUGGCCUUCCUUCAAACUUCCAACGAUGUGCUUACUUACCAAGAUGAUAAUCAACCAGCCAAUAGCGACACCCAAAUGCUCGUUGUGAAUUUUGGAAAUAUCGCGUUUGUCUCCAGCACCGGCAGUGGAAGCAGCGGUAUUAGCGAUACCAGCAGUCAUCCCGAGGGUAGCGGUAGUAGCGCUGGAUUCGACCCCUCGAAAUUUCCCCUCGAGAAUUUCUUCAAUGUCCCUGAACACUUGAAGGGCAAGUAUAUUGGACUGACUCUGUCUGGGGCCACAUUUCCUGCUUACAUCGAGUUCGCCAAUGACAACGGUGUCAGAAGAUACCUCUUUACUUUCCUGGAAGGUGGCAUAAUCACCUUACAAGUGUCAUACGAAGAAGUCCAAAAGUCCACAGUGCCUGAUCUGACAUUGAACAACCAGAAUAUCUUCUUUAAGAUAGCUGAUGGUCAGGUCAAAGUGGCCUUCCUUCAAACUUCCAACGAUGUGCUUACUUACCAAGAUGAUAAUCAACCAGCCAAUAGCGACACCCAAAUGCUCGUUGUGAAUUUUGGAAAUAUCGCGUUUGUCUCCAGCACCGGCAGUGGAAGCAGCGGUAUUAGCGAUACCAGCAGUCAUCCCGAGGGUAGCGGUAGUAGCGCUGGAUUCGACCCCUCGAAAUUUCCCCUCGAGAAUUUCUUCAAUGUCCCUGAACACUUGAAGGGCAAGUAUAUUGGACUGACUCUGUCUGGGGCCACAUUUCCUGCUUACAUCGAGUUCGCCAAUGACAACGGUGUCAGAAGAUACCUCUUUACUUUCCUGGAAGGUGGCAUAAUCUCCUUACAAGUGUCAUACGAAGAAGUCCAAAAGUCCACAGUGCCUGAUCUGACAUUGAACAACCAGAAUAUCUUCUUUAAGAUAGCUGAUGGUCAGGUCAAAGUGGCCUUCCUUCAAACUUCCAACGAUGUGCUUACUUACCAAGAUGAUAAUCAACCAGCCAAUAGCGACACCCAAAUGCUCGUUGUGAAUUUUGGAAAUAUCGCGUUUGUCUCCAGCACUGACCCUGGAGGAGUUGGAUCUACAGGAGGUGAUGACCAUGAAGGCGAGUCUUCUAAUCUCUUCUAAGCCAACCUUCGACCAGUUCAAACUUUCAAGUUUAACAAUUUGCUUCGCGUUAUCUCUUAAAAUUCCUAAUUUAAAUAGAUUGUAACUAAGUGUUGUCCUAUACUUCUUUGUAAUUUUAGAUUUACCGUGACUUAAUGAUUAAUUAUUCAUUGGUAAAUUUUACUAUUAAAUUCUAAUCCGAAAUUUGGAUUAAUCAUUAUGGAUGUAAAAGGUAUAGACCAGUUCUGGUCAUGUGAUUGCAUUUUGAAA